AUGGACGUGCUGACGGGGUCCCAGAUUCAGUUCUUGCGAGAUCUCCAGGAGGCCCUCUUUGCCGUUCGGGAGGCCGAACGUCAGCGUGCACAGACUGGCCCGCCUUUUGCUUCUGCCAGGGCAAGUCGUGCGCGUGAGCGUUCGAGGUCCAGGGACUCGAAUCGCGAUGCGACCGAACACUCCAAUGCUGCCGGGGAACGGGCACGGGACCUCAGCCCCUCGGGGUUGCUGCGCCACAUUUGCUGUCUCCGCAGUGACUGUGAGUCUCUGGGGCACAGAGUUGACAACCUCUGCUUGGGACGCACUCAUCUGAUGAAUACCUUGCUGGCUAGCCAAGAGUCCAGUUCUCCUUUUUCUGCGAUUUCCGAGUUUGUUUUGGAUACCAGGGCCUCCCUCAGGACUCUGCAUUCACGUCUUGAUGAGCUCACACGUGUGGCCGCCGAGACUGCGAUGAGUACAGCUUUGCGUCUUGAUCGCUGCUUGCCUCUGCUGCAAUCGCACGUCCGCCGACUUGCUCCUGUGCUUGCACUUGCAUGGCCGAGAGUGCUGGCCUGCGCGUCCUGUGACCUCCGGGUGCAGUGGACUCGCUGCGCUCACGACUCGAGCACAAUGCAGGGGGCGAGUAACGGGUGCUCGAGCGAUCAGGGCCCAAGGAUAGACUUCGAAGCUUUGCUGAGUGCGGCUGUGGAUGCUUGUGCUAGCGAUGCUAGACAGCCCGCGGAAUUGCCCUGGGAACACGGUGUGUUCAAGAGCAUCUUCGAGCCUAGCGAUGUGGUGGGUUGGGAAGACACUUUUAUGCUGCCUGACCUCCCUGUGCCAGAUGAUCCCGAGGAAAUUCUCCCACCUUCGGAAAAGAAGAGGCGUCUUAGAGAAAGUGGCCUCGUUCCUGGAGUGUGUUUUUCGGUGGUACGUAAAAGCCACGGCAUAUCUUGGCAAGAUCAGCGCGACAAGGACCACGACAAGGCCAUGGCUCGAUGGACCUUUGUUAUCUUGAGGUGGGCCGAUCUUCGCCCGGACCUCUUGAUCUGCAAGAGUCUGCUUGAGUGUGCUACCGCAGAAGAACGUACGGAAGUUCUUCGGGAUUGGUUGCAUCCAAAAGCUCCGAGUACGCUGCUUAAGCGUGUUAACUCUCUGCUUCGUUUUCACAAAAGUGAGGGAUGGUCCGACGAGACUUUUCCGUAUGAAGAGGGCAAUGUUUACAAGCACAUGGUUGCAGCCAGAGCUGGCGGAGCGAAGCCAGCACAGAUGCGUGCGCUUCGUGAGGCGUUGAUCUUUGUUCGACAUGUCUUCUCAGUUGAGGAGAUUGAGAACGUGAUAUCCAGCAGGCGGUGUCUUGGUGCAGCAUCGAGGGGUGCACGGCGGAAGGCGCGCCAGAGGGCAGACCCUUUGACCUUGAAGAACUUGAGGCUGCUCCACUCCAUGUUGGGGGACAAGAGUGUCCCCGCUUGGGAUCGAGUUUUCGCGGGAGCAGCUUUGUGCUGCGCGUACAUGCGAUCCCGUUGGUCCGAUUUUCAGCACUCUAUCUCGUGUGGGCUGGAAUACGGGGCUGAUGGUGAGAGGCUCUUCCUGGAAUUUACUUGUGAGGAUUACAAAACAGUCAACUCUAAAUUCUUUGCGGGUGCACCGCUUCGGAUGAUCGCUCCUGGACGAGGUAUCGCUGGGCCAAACUGGCUCGAUUUGUGGCACGAGGCUCGAAUGGAGGUGGGACUUACAGAGUUCGUUCCACCCUUGCCUACGCCAGGCCCUGCAGGAGAACCUACCGGUGCGUCCGUGACCACUGAGGAGAUGUCUUUAUGGCUUCAGAAGAUCUUCGUCGACCGUGGAUCACUCAGAACAUCUGGCCACACGCUGAAGAGGACUUUCCUUACCAUGGCGACAAAGCGUGGCGUGGAACACUUGGACCGGUUGGUUCUGGGUGGACACGCAAACUCGGCCGGGAUGGCUGACACUUAUGGCGAUGACGAGUUGGCCCGGCCCCUCCGCCUGCUCAUGGCCUUGAUCUCAGAGAUCCGAGAGGGUGUCUUUGAUCCAGAUGCUGGUCGUGCGGGUUAUUUGCGCGGGAGUGGCUUGGAAGAGCUUCGAUUGGGUUUCGCUGCACAGACGGAUGAUCGCCACCCUCCCUCUGCUGAGUCCUGGGAGAGGGUGACGGGCGACGACGACAUGUUUGGCUUGGUCGACGCGCUUGAUAAGGGAGCACCGAGCCAGCCAGACGUCUUCUUUCCGGGCGAUGAUGACGCGAACCUUAUGGGGCAGGAUUCUGCUGAUGAGCCACCCGAAGCUGAGGUGGGUGACGGCGGUGUGUCCUCUUUGGGUGCAGAAGACGACAAACUUGUCGGCAAGGAUUCCGAUUCUUCUAGUUCGAGUGGAUCAAGUGAUUCAAGUGAUAGCUCCGGAAGCGAUGACGAACCGGCCCGGAUUAUGCCGCCGCCGGAGCCUGCGGAAGGCACAACAUUUUUACAGCAUCAGAGAACUCGCUUGCUGCACAUGAUUGCUGACAACAACCGCCGCGUACUGAUGUGUGGGCGGAUGGUUAGCGACUUGUACAGUCUUCCACAGCGAAUCAGGUUUGACUCAUCAGUGUGUCGCAACUGCAAGAAGGCAGUGGCGGACACUGACUUGGUGCUCGAGCCGCCUUUAGGGGGCAACAUGUCGCUGGUUGACAGUGAGGCUUCAUUUCGGCAGCGAUGUCAAGACGUCGGCGGGGGUGCAAUUCACACCGCACUGUCUGACCAAGGGAUCACUUCCUUUGCCUCGCUUGCAUAUUCCUGUGGCACGCCUCAGGAUCGACCCACACAGGCGGAAAUGGACGCAUUUGCAGUAAAGAUCUUGGGGGCUGCUCCUCGUUUGGGGGAUGUGUCUAUCUUGAAGCGAUUGAUGUUCGAGUCCGCCACAUAUGUCAUAGCUCAGUCGCGUCAAGCUGUGCAAGGGGACUCUGCCGAACAGCCUCGAAAGCUUCCACUUGCUGAAAAACAGGCCAGGGCCGAAGAUCAGCGCCGUCGGCUUAGUGGGGUGCAUAUAGAGCGUGAUUUGGUCCCUUCCCAUGCUCUGGUGGACCUCUGUUGUCACAUGCAUGAUGUGGGCAUCACUUGGAUAUCGCCAGGCAAAUGCACCAGCCGCGAAUCAGAAAUUCAGCUUUCAACGAAGGACCAAAGCAAAAUCUUUCGACUUGAGGACAACUCCUUGAAGGUCGGAAGUGAACAGCCCAAGGACAUUGCUUCUUAUGAUUCGCCGAUCAAGUUGCAGUGGUGCCUUCAGCGCCGCGGUCUGGCCUUGGACCAGGCUAAGGUACUGACGUGGGCCCAGCAUGAGCGUUGGGUUCACUGCUUGCUUCACGCACUGACUAAGGAGUGCCCUCCAGGGUUCCACAAGCCUGAUAUGAACCGCAUUGUGCAGGCCGAUCGUGAAGCCUGGUUGAUCAUGGCGUCCGAGGUGCCAUCGCUUAAGCCCAGUACCGCUGGCGAGUACCCUCUGGGUAAGGCUUUGGAUGCUUUGAGGACAGACCCUCGGAUCACCAUGUACUUGAUGGCUACCUGGGGCCGUGCACCGGAUGUUAAGGUUCAAGACCUUGAGCAAGGCGGCUACCGCUGCCAAGCAUACGACACCAGGACGGAGCACAGGCCAAGACUGAGGGAGACCCACCGCGCUGCCCUCGGGGUGUCCAUGUUUGUGCUUACUGUCGCCGUGUGGGCCACUCCUUCCGUAAUUGCCGAGCUCGCACUUGGAAGGGCGGCUGCCAUUUCUGGCUAUGGCCCACACUCAGUGGGCUUUCAUUUUCCCCCUGCUGCCACUUCUGAGGUUGCCGACGUGUUGGCACCCGCGGAGGCGAUAGCAUUGCAAUGCCUACAGGCCGGUUUUGCUAGUCAUGACGAUUUUCGGAGCUUGAUCGCUUUGCUCCCUGCAGACACUGCCGGUGCCCCGUCAGAAGAAUCUGUGGACCCGACAGCUCCCAAAUCUUUCACAUCCGGCGCAUAUGUCCAUCAAGCCAAGGCCGGACUGCGCUGUAAUUUUCACGCCUUUCCUUUCAGUACCAUGCUUUUGGCCGCCGUCUUGUCGGCGUCUUUUGGCUUUCGCUGCUUCUCAUCUGUUGGACUUUUCUUGAAUUUAAAGGCGCCUCUGCACAACGACGCCAACAACGAUCAUGCCCAUCCCAACCUGAUCUUGCCUGCCUCUGUUUUCCACAAAGGCCAGAUUUGGGUUGAGGGUAAAGGCGAGUGUCCGUGCCCCGACCCCGACGUGCCGCGUCUGGGCUACUUGCUGCCUGUUGCUGACGGCCCACAGUUGCUUCCUUCAGAGAGGCUGCACGCAACUUGUGACUGGGACGGUACUCGCUUGUUGAUUGUUGGAUUCUGCAUUCGUGACACUGGCCUCCUGUCCGAGGCACAUCGUGUUCGACUCCUUGAUGCUCGUUUCCUCCUGCCUCAAGUUGAGUCCGGAUCGGCCUCAGACGCUGUGCUCCCCGUGCCACCGCCCAAGCGGCCCAAGGAGGCCUUUCCGCAACAGGCCACACCGCUGGUUAUCGAGAUCUUUGCAGGCACGGCUCGGCUCAGCACUGCCUGUCAGAAACUGGGUUUCAGAACGCUUGCAAUCGAUAAAUCCACCGCACGUGGACGCUUCCCCAUACAACGUCUUGACCUCACCGAUGCUGACGACCUUUGCAUUCUUCUGGAUAUCAUCCGUCUUGAGGCGGCCAAUAUUGUCUGGAUCCAUUGUGCGCCGCCAUGUGGCACCGCGUCUGCGGCGCGCUCAAGACCCAUUCCAGAAUUGACUGCUGCUGGUGUUCGGGUGCCGCAACCUUUGCGCAGCACUUCCGAACCCCAAGGACUCUCCACUUUGACUGGCGCAGAUCUUGAAAGGGUCCAGAAGGCCAAUAUGCUCUACCGUGCCGUCGGGCAAAUUGCUGACCUGGCUCGACAAUUGAACAUCUUCGUCACCGUGGAAAACCCACGCAACUCUUUGGCGUGGUUGUGUGAUGGCCUGGACGAGCUGUUCCGCUCACCACAUCACACCGUGGUCUACGAUGCCUGCGUGCAUGGUGGCACACGUGACAAAACCACCCUGUUGUGGUGCUCUGCCGAUUGGUUUCAGCCUCUCGCUCUCCGAUGUUCACGCGACCACCAGCACGCUUCUUGGAAACCUCGUUUGCAGCCACAUGCUACCUCUUUCCCGACUGCCGAUGAGGCUGCAUAUCCCGUGCUGCUUUGUGAACGAAUGGCCCACAUCAUUGCCGCACGUGCUGGGGGACUGGCGCUUGCUGCGCCCGACCCGCAACCAAUGGUCGUGCAAAGCGAGGCUCACCUCAAGCAUGACGAGACAGUUGCGAUAACAGGUUUCAUUGCUGCAGACGAUCCGUGCUCCGAGCAUGCGGAGAUUGUUUCUGUUGGAAUACCCAAAGAACCUUGCGACUUUGUGGCGGAUGCCGUGAAGGCUGGACAUCCUAGGAAUGCUUUGAACGCGAGCCGGGAAGGACCUUCCUCCAAAGUUGCAGAUGCCAUCCUCAUGGAUUUCGAACGGAGGGAGCGGCUUGCCUCAAAAACCAAGGAUCGUUGGAGUCAGAUUGCGGCUACGACUAAGCCCUUGAAUCACAACAUGUUGAAGCACAAGCCGGACUACAUUGUGACCGCGUUAGGGGAUAAGAACCUUUUGGCCUGGAAAAGUAUUCUUGGUGACAAUGGCUUCCCGGACCAACAACUCUGGUCCGACCUGCGCGAUGGACUUAGACUGACUGGCUGGAUGCGGGACACUGGAAUCUUCGACAAGAAAGUCCGUCCCCCGCAAACAUCGCUGGAGCACCUGCUAAGUCAAUCCCAGUACCAAACACCGUUGACCUUGAAAAGGCUACAGAAGACUGUUGUUGACAUCACGGCACGCAAGGCGUGGGCUGAAACGGUGGAGGAAGAGAAGAAGGGAUGGAUCUUUCGGGAAGAAAGUGCAAAUCUUGAUGACAUAGUCUUGGCCCAUCGUUUCGGCUUGCAGCAGAAGGACAAAGUUCGUGUGAUCGACAACGGCAAGGAGUGUGGCCUCAACUUGGCGUGUGGGCUACCAGAGAAGUUCACCUUGCAUGGAGUGGACGUGCUUGCUGGAGUUUUCAUUGAGUUGCUCAACCGCCCUGAAGCUGCCGGCAAAAGGAUCAAAGGGAAAACCAUUGAUCUUGUCUCUGCGUACAAAUUCUAUCCAAUCCACCCUCAAGACAGGCGUCACUUGAGGAUCGGGGUCUAUGACACCGACUCUGGCAUGGUCAGGAUUUAUGGAACCAACGUUCUUCCUUUCGGUGCCACCGGAAGUGUGGCGGGUUUCCUGCGAGUUUCGGCGGCGAUAUGGCACACGGGCAUCCAGGACCUUGGCCUGGGAUGGUGCGCCUACUUUGACGAUUUUCCUUUGAUGGCCCUUGAAGGUCAUGAAGACCAGGUUGGGGGAUUGGCUGGAGAAGUGUUCGACGCACUGGGGAUCCAAUACGCAAAGGAGGGUAAGAAGGCCACUGACUUCGAUUACACCUUUGCCGCCCUGGGAUUGCAGUAUGACUUGACGAGAUUCAAUGAGGGGGUGGUCGUCAUUCGGCAUACGGAAGCACGUACUGCUGAGCUGGUGGAGACACUCGAGGGAAUCUUACGUGAUGCUGUACUCCGACCUAAGGAUGCGGAAGUUUUGAGGGGAAGGAUGCACUGGUUUACUUCGUAUCUUUUCGGUCGUGCGCCGUGUGAGGCAAUGAGACAGAUAUCCUUGAGGGCACAAUGUAUGGACUCAUGCACGAGGCUCAAUGACGACCUGACUGAGGCGAUUCAAACUUUGCUCCGCUACGUGGCGGAUUCCAGGCCAUUGGAGCUGAGGCAAACGACGGGGCGUGAGCUGUAUGUUUUUACAGAUGGCUCGUAUGAGCCCACGGCUGAGAAGCGAGCCGGCAUCGGUGGCGUCCUCUAUGACAGCACUGGCACGCCGUUGUCAUUCUUCUCUGCACAGGUGAACGAGGACGAUCUGCGGGCUCUUGAGGAAACCUCUGAUCAUCCGAUAUAUGAGGUUGAACUGUAUGCCGCCUUGGUUGCAGUUGAGAUUUGGGGACCCUUAUUAGAGGAUUCCUUUUCCGUUUUUUUCCUUGAUAACGAAGCCGCUCAGUCAGCACUCAUCGCGGGCCGUUCGGGCACGGAUCAUGGAAGGAAGCUGGUCCAACGUUUCCUGGAUGCUGAACACAGGUGGCGGGCAAGGCCAUGGUUCGGGCGAGUCCCGACUCACUCGAAUCCAGCGGACGAGCCAAGCCGCGACUGCUGCAAAAGGCUCUUGAAUCAAGGCGCUCAGCAGAUGCAGACUAGUGGUGAGAGGCUGCUUGUUUGA